UGUUAGUUUAUGGCCCGGUCGACGUUGGGCUCGGUUUUUGUAUUUCGGCCUUCCAUAAUAAUCACUGGAACGGAACCCAUGUAAACCGAUGACCUACCGUUGCCAAACAUUUAUGGCCUACUAAAUAUGUAUUGAGUAGCCGUGGUGCAUCAUACAUUGCAUCAUUUCUAAACUGUUACUUUACGCGACGUUCUCCUCGCGAUUGUUCCUCCGUGACGUCACAAGCACCACUCAUGCGAGGUUCGCUACAAGUACUAUGACGUCACAGUGCAUGGGGGACGGGGUGGGACGUGAUUGGUGGAUAAGGAAUCUAAUGUUUGCUUUGCAAUUGACAUGGAAAUGAUAUAUAACCAACAUAUACACUGUGUAUAUGAUCAGUAUUUAACAAUAGAUAUGUCAACCUUGGUCAAAGCAUCCGUGUGGUUUUUACUCGUAGUUUUGGCUGCUGGGAGUCUUAACGACUUCCUUCAGUCUUCCAUGAUUGAUGCGGGAAUCAUAAGCAAGCAAAUUACUUUUAAAGAUGCAUGUAAACUUCAAAUUCUCCCAAAAUGGUUCGAAGAAACUUUGGGCUGCGAAGAAAAAAAGCAACCAAAAGUGGCGUCACCUGUAAGCCAUAAACCGAAACCAAAAUUGAAGUUGAACUUGGGCGGGGACACUUUAAAAAAGUUUAAAUUUGAGGCAAGAGACAAGACGCCUAUAGAAAAGCUGACUGGACUCAUAAACGAUGGUUUUGCAUAUGUGCAGCGACUUAUUUUGCCUGAAAACUUUGUCAUGCCUUGUUUGAUUGGGGACUGUAAUAUGGACAAGAAAAUAAAACUGGAAAAAGAGAAGUAUGAGAACUUAUUGUCGAAAAAGGACCAAGUACAUCCUCCGGACGAAGAGGCACCUAAACCGACCGAACCCAACUCAGAGGACAGCACUGGAAAUACUUAGUGUUUUGUAAAGCGUUUUAGUUAUCAGUCAUUUUUUACAAUGGUUUCAGAUAAUAACCUAACUAUACACACGAAGCCUUGGUCCACAGAAAUAUUUUAUAAGAUAAAUUGUUUACGUUUCUUUUUUGGUUUACCAAUACAAAGAAUUGGUUGUUUGGAUUUUA